AUGCACCCAAUGAGACAAGCGGAGCGUGGACGGGACAGCACCUUAUUGGUUGAGGGCUGUCCAGCCUGGACGGGCGGUAGCUGUCCAAUGAAGUGCGAAGACUUCUCCCACCGUCGAGAGGAAGCCCCAGGUACCCCGCUCCUACGUCCAUCUAACGGGGGUUAUUUGACCGGUAAACUGCCCCUCACCCGUCUCACCAUUACUCGGCAACCGGGCGAACGUUUCGGGUUGCGUAUAUCCGGUGGUGUUCCUGUUUCCGGGCAGGAUGGCAUCGCUGCUUCCAACGGACCUCUGGGCCGUUGCUUGUCAUCCUUGUCCAACGAUGGCAGCAUUUUAGUUACCUGGGUUUCUUCGGAUGGAGCAGUCGGGCGGGAUGGACGUCUUAAACCGGGCGAUCGUCUAUUGGAAGUGAAUGGCCAUUGGAUGAUGGGUAGCACUUUGGAUGAGGCAUUAACUGGUACUUCCGAUCGGAUCGAUGAUGCAGCCCUCGGAUCUGCUCCUGGUCGAGUACUAAUCCAUCCUGAUGGAAUCAAACGGGGAAGAUGA